AAUGGGAGCCAGGAGAAGUGUUAUUGGGGGAAUUCGGUGGUGGAGGUGGUGGUCGAGGAGGGGGCGAGGGUUUCACAUACGUAUUUGCAGAGACAGUCGGUGAAUUCGGCGCAUAUCAAGUGGACGUUUACGCGGCAGGAAGCAUCAAGUACUUAUGAGCUUGUUGAGAUAAGUACCGGCGGAAAAUUGAGCAGGCAUAAUCUUUACAUCCAACAGCUAGGCCCCGACACAGUGACAGAACUGUCGACAUUUCAUGUGGCUCAAAAUAACCAGAUACAAGAUUUGCAUAGUAGAUUAGUCUUGGAUCAUCCUAGAGGUGUUUCUCGUCAGCUUCACAAGUGCAUCGUGUCUCACUCCACAGGACGGGCUGUUUUUGAUGGGAACAUAAAGGUUAACAGAUUUGCUCAACAAACUGAUGCUGGGCAACUAACAAGAUCUCUUCUCUUAACACGGAAUGCAACAGUCAACCUGAAACCAAACCUGCAGAUCAUCGCCGACGAUGUGAAAUGUUCUCAUGGAGCAGCGGUCAGUGAUCUCGAAGAAGACCAGCUCUUCUAUUUCCAAGCAAGAGGCAUAGACUUGCAAGCAGCAAGAGACGCCCUUCUCUUCUCCUUUGGAGCUGAGGUCUUUGAGCGCAUUCCUUUUGAGGCAUUUAGGAAGAGUGUUAGUAGUCAAAUUAGAGAAGUUUUGAAAGGGUGAUGGGUGUGAGAUGACCGCAUGUGUGAUCAUAUUACCCUUGUAAUUUAUGAUUUUUUUCCUUCUUGAAAUUGGUAUUAUAGGAAAGCAAAAGGUUGGAGAAAACGCGCAAUCUGUAAGUUAAAUAUUUGUCUAUUCCCUUCAAAAAUGAUAUAUUUUAUGUUCUCUUAUCGUCUUAUUUU